GGAACACCGGUGAAUAUAAUUGUCGGUUCUCAUGUCUGGGUCGAAGACCCUGAAUCAGCUUGGAUUGACGGCCAGGUGUUGAAGAUCAAUGGGCAGGAAGUUGAGAUUCAGGCCACUGAUGGGAAGAAGGUGGUCGCAAACUUAUCAAAACUAUACCCGAAAGACAUGGAAGCUCCGGCAGGUGGAGUUGAUGACAUGACCAAGUUAUCGUACUUGCACGAGCCUGGAGUUCUGCAGAAUCUGAAGACGAGAUACGAAUUGAAUGAAAUCUAUACAUACACUGGAAGCAUUCUUAUUGCCAUUAAUCCAUUCCAAAGACUUCCUCAUAUCUACGAUUCUCACAUGAUGCAACAAUAUAAGGGAGCGCCUCUUGGGGAACUGAGCCCCCAUGUUUUUGCAGUGGCUGAUGUUGCAUACAGGGCAAUGAUACAUGAGGGAAAGAGUAAUUCUAUUCUAGUCAGUGGAGAAAGUGGAGCAGGAAAAACUGAGACCACGAAAAUGCUUAUGAGAUACCUUGCCUUUUUGGGAGGCCGAGCUGCAACCGAAGGACGGACAGUUGAACAACAAGUUCUAGAAUCAAAUCCGGUUCUUGAAGCAUUUGGGAAUGCCAAAACUGUUCGAAAUAACAAUUCCAGUCGUUUCGGGAAGUUUGUGGAGAUACAGUUUGAUAAGCACGGAAGAAUAUCGGGCGCAGCCAUUAGGACAUACCUUUUAGAGAGGUCUCGUGUUUGCCAAAUUAAUGAUCCGGAGCGCAAUUACCAUUGCUUUUACAUGCUUUGUGCAGCUCCUCAGGAGGAAAUUGAGAAGUACAAGCUAGCAAAUCCCAAAUCAUUUCAUUAUCUCAACCAGUCCAAAUGCUAUGAGCUGGUUGGUGUAAACGAUGCACAUGACUAUCUUGCCACUAGACGAGCCAUGGACAUCGUGGGAAUAAGUGCAAAAGAUCAGGAAGCAAUUUUUAGAGUUGUUGCUGCGAUUCUCCAUCUUGGAAAUAUUGUAUUUUGCAAGGGAAAGGAAAUUGAUUCAUCCGUCCCCCAAGAUGAUCAAGGAAUAUUUCAUCUCAAAAUGACAGCAGAGCUUCUCAUGUGUGACCCCACAGCGCUGGAAGAUGCUUUAUGCAAGCGUGUUAUGAUCACUCCUGAAGAGGUCAUAAAGCGUUGUCUUGAUCCUCAAAGUGCAACUGUUAGCAGGGAUGGAUUAGCAAAGACAAUAUAUUCCCGGUUGUUUGAUUGGUUAGUUGACAAAAUAAACUCCUCGAUUGGACAAGAUGCCACUUCAAAAUCACUGAUUGGAGUCCUUGAUAUUUAUGGCUUUGAAAGUUUCAAAGCUAAUAGUUUUGAGCAGUUCUGUAUUAACUUUACAAAUGAGAAACUGCAACAACACUUUAACCAGCACGUCUUCAAGAUGGAACAAGAAGAAUACACAAAAGAAGAGAUCGAUUGGAGCUACAUAGAAUUCGUCGAUAAUCAAGAUGUCUUGGAUCUUAUUGAAAAGAAACCCGGUGGAAUCGUCGCCCUGCUUGAUGAAGCAUGUAUGUUUCCCAAGUCAACGCAUGAAACAUUCGCAAACAAACUUUAUCAGACAUUCAAAACUAACAAGCGCUUCAUCAAACCAAAACUGUCACGGACUGAUUUUACCAUCGCACAUUAUGCUGGAGAGGUCUUGUACCAAUCUGACCAAUUCCUAGACAAGAACAAGGACUAUGUCGUGCCGGAGCAUCAAGAUUUGUUGGGUGCGUCGAAGUGUAGUUUUGUCGCUGGCCUUUUUCCUCCUCUCCCAGAGGAGACCAGCAAAUCUUCCAAGUUUUCCUCCAUCGGAUCUCGAUUCAAGCUGCAACUACAACAACUAAUGGAAACAUUGAACUCCACGGAACCCCACUAUAUCAGAUGUGUUAAGCCAAACAACCUUCUCAAACCAGCCAUAUUUGAGAAUGUCAAUAUCAUGCAACAAUUGCGUUGUGGUGGUGUCUUAGAGGCGAUAAGAAUCAGCUGUGCUGGAUACCCAACUCGCCGCCCCUUCUUUGACUUCAUUAACCGCUUUGGAAUUCUUGCUCCGGAGUUUGUCGAAGGAAACUUCGACGAAAAGGAAGCUUGCAAGAAGAUUCUCGAAAAGAAGGGGCUCAAAGGGUUUCAGAUAGGUAAAACAAAAGUCUUCUUGAGGGCCGGUCAGAUGGCUGAAUUAGAUGCACGGAGAGCAGAGGUACUGAGCAACGCUGCGAAAACAAUCCAACGACGUAUAAGGACCCACCAUGCUCGCAAGCGAUUCAUUGCUGUUAGAAAGGCAACGAUCGUUGUUCAAUCUUUGUGGAGAGGACGGUUGGCUUACAAGCUUUACGAUCAGAUGAGGCGGGAGGCAAAUGCUGUGAAAAUUCAGAAACACAUACGUAGGUACCAAGCAAGAAUGACUUACAGCAAACUCCGUGCUUCAGUGCUCGUCUUGCAAGUGGGUUUAAGGUCGAUGGCUGCACGAAAAGAAUUCAGAUUCAGGAAGCGAACAAAAGCAGCGAUCAUUAUUCAGACGAGAUGGCGGUGUCAUAGGGCUGCCUCCUACUACAGGAGGCUUCAAAGGGGAUGUACAGUUGCACAAUGUAGAUGGAGAGGAAGGAUUGCCAAAAAAGAACUUAGGAAACUGAAAAUGGCUGCAAGGGAAACAGGCGCACUCAAAGAAGCAAAGGAUAAGCUUGAAAAACAUGUGGAAGAACUUACGUGGCGCCUACAACUGGAAAAACGUUUAAGGACUGACUUAGAAGAAGCCAAAGCACAGGAAAUAGCAAAGUUGCAAAAUACAGUGCAAGCCUUGCAGACCAAGGUCGACGAAUCAAAUGCAGAGCUUGUCAAGGAACGAGAAGCUGCCAAAAAAACCAUCGAAGAAGCACCUCCUGUUAUUAAAGAAACCCAAGUUUUUGUGGAGGACACAAAGAAAGUCGAAUCUCUAACAUCAGAAGUGGAGAACCUGAAGGCCAUGCUGGAUUCAGAGCGAGAAAGAGCAGGUGAAUCAGAUAAAAAGUACACAGAAGCCCUGGAGAACAGUGAAGAACGACGUAAAAAGCUAGAAGAAGCAGAGAAGAAGGUUCAUCAACUCCAGGAAUCUCUGACCAGGCUAGAAGAGAAGAUCAAUAAUCUAGAAUCAGAGAAUCAAGUAUUUCGUCAGCAGGCUGUGUCAAUGGCACCCAAUAAGUUCCUUUCAGGUCGAUCCAGAUCAAUCAUUCAGAGAGGUGCUGACAGUGGUCAUCUGUCAACAGACUCGAGGCCAAAUCUGGAUCUAUAUAGUCAUUCGAUCAACCACAGAGAGUCUUCCGAAAUAGAGGAUAAACCUCAAAAGUCAUUGAACGAAAAGCAGCAGGAGAAUCAAGAGCUGCUCAUCAGAUGUAUCGCACAGCACCUCGGCUUUUCUGGGAACCGACCAAUUGCUGCCUGCAUCAUAUAUAAAUGUUUGUUACACUGGCGAUCCUUUGAAGUUGAGCGUACAAGCGUUUUUGAUCGGAUCAUUCAGACAAUAGGCAAUGCUAUUGAGACUCAGGAUAACAAUGAUGUUUUGGCUUAUUGGUUGUCUAAUGCCUCGACACUUUUGCUUUUGCUCCAACGCACACUAAAAGCAAGUGGUGCAGCUGGAAUGGCCCCACAGCGUCGAAGAUCAUCGUCUGCCACCCUGUUUGGAAGAAUGACACAAAGUUUCCGUGGAACACCACAGGGCAUUAACCUAUCCAUGAUCAACGGCAGUAUUGGCGGAGGAAUGGAUUCUUUACGGCAAGUUGAAGCAAAAUAUCCAGCUUUGCUUUUCAAACAGCAAUUGACGGCAUACGUGGAAAAGAUAUAUGGAAUGAUUCGAGAUAACCUGAAAAAGGAAAUAUCUCCACUACUCGGCUUAUGCAUCCAGGCACCAAGAACAUCAAGAGCGAGCUUAGUCAAGGGGGCUCGCUCGGUGGCAAAUACAGCAGCCCAGCAAGCUCUAAUUGCACACUGGCAGGGAAUUGUGAAGAGCCUCGGGAACUUCUUAGAUACCCUGAAAUCAAAUCAUGUGCCACCCUUUUUGGUUCGUAAAGUAUUCAUUCAAAUCUUUUCAUUCAUCAACGUCCAGCUAUUCAACAGUCUUCUGUUGCGGCGAGAAUGCUGCUCGUUUAGCAAUGGGGAAUAUGUCAAAGCAGGCUUAGCUGAGCUGGAACACUGGUGUUACAAGGCAACGGACGAGUAUGCAGGUUCGGCUUGGGAUGAGCUAAAGCAUAUUCGACAGGCAAUCGGGUUUCUGGUCAUACAUCAAAAGCCGAAGAAAACGCUGGAUGAAAUAAGCCAUGAUUUGUGUCCAGUUUUAAGCAUUCAGCAGCUGUACCGGAUCAGUACGAUGUACUGGGACGACAAGUAUGGCACACACAGUGUAUCUCCGGAUGUCAUUUCAAAUAUGAGGGUGUUGAUGACCGAAGAUUCAAACAAUGCCGUCAGUAGUUCAUUCCUACUCGACGACGAUUCCAGCAUUCCAUUCUCGGUGGACGACAUAUCAAAGUCAAUGGAACAAAUGGACAUAGCAGACAUCGAGCCUCCGCCGCUAAUCCACGAGAACUCAGGCUUCAGCUUCUUGUUACCACGUUCUGACUGA